AUGUUCUACUACACCGUCGGUUCAAUUGGCGAUUUGUUCAGAUAUGGAUACAAUGGCGAAAGAUUGUUCUGCAUAACAUUCCAAAUCUGCUUCACAAUCUCGAUUUUCUAUUGGCAAGCUUUGCUGAUGUUUAUCAUCAAAUGCGCUUUCAAUCAGGGAAAAUACAUUGCUGGUAUGGUUCUUCCGCAAAACAUUGAUGGUGUUCGGAGCAUCGAGGAGCCAGCAAAACAGUUUGCACAAUUUUUUUCGCAAAUCAUUUCUUGGGCACAAGAAGGAGCAAACAACCAGAGCAACAAAAAUUGA